UACGCCUUCACAUCUUAGCCAGGAAAUCGUUUUUUUUUUUGUUUUUUUAAGACGCACGUUAAAGCCUUGUCUUUUUCCUCUAAUAAUAUGGACGUGGGUUGCUAACUAGAAUAAUGAAGCUCAACGUGUCGUUCCCGGCAACGGGAUGCCAAAAGCUGUUUGAAGUCACGGAUGAGCAUAAGCUUCGUGUAUUUUAUGAGAAGCGCAUGGGCGCUGAAGUGGAAGCAGAUUCUUUGGGCGAUGAGUGGAAAGGUUAUGUUGUGAGAGUUUCUGGUGGAAAUGACAAGCAAGGAUUUCCCAUGAAGCAAGGAGUUUUGACCAACAGCCGUGUGCGGCUGCUGCUGCGCAAGGGGCAGUCGUGCUACCGGCCGCGGCGCGACGGUGAGCGGAAGCGCAAGUCAGUGCGCGGCUGCAUUGUGGACGGAAACCUGAGCGUGCUGGCGCUGGUGAUAGUGAAGAAGGGCGAGCAGGAGAUCCCGGGCCUCACAGACAACACCAUCCCCCGCCGCCUGGGCCCCAAGCGCGCCUCCAAGAUCCGCAAGCUGUUCAACCUGAGCAAGGAGGAUGACGUGCGACAAUACGUGAUCAAGCGCCUGCUGCCGCCCAAGGAGGGCAAGACCAAGCAGAGGUUUAAGGCACCCAAGAUCCAGCGCCUCAUAACGCCCGUCACCCUGCAGAGGAAGCGUCACCGCAUGGCGCUGAAGAAGAGGCGUGCGCUGCGCUCCAAGGAACAGCGAGCGGAGUACGCCAAGUUGCUGGCCCAGCGCCAGAAGGAGGCCAAGGCACGGCGCCAGGAGGAGAUCAAACGCCGACGCUCUGCCUCCAUGCGAGACUCCAAGUCCUCCGCCCAGAGUGCGCCCCACAAGUAACAUGUACAUGCUGCGUGAUAAAUAAAGAUCUUGGCUAUACAAGCUGCUGUUACAA